AUUCUAAAUAAAUACAUUUGAUGCCCAAAGCACAUUUCUGAAAGGAAAGUGGCUUUGUGUACACUCUCUGAGACACCUUUGAAUAUCAUAUGUCUAAGUGAUAAUAAAAUUAUUAUGGCAUCCCAGGAAAAUAAUAUUAUUUUAGACUCAGGAGAGAAGUUGUCUCAACAGCAAGAAAUAUCUGAUUUAAAGCUACAGCUAAAUGCAUCGCAACAAACUAUAGCUAGCUUAGAAUUAAAAGUGAGACAAAAAGAAGAGAUUAUCAUAAAAACUCAAGCAGACUCAAUAAAGCAAACUCAAGCGCUGAAGUCUGAAUCAAAAAUUAUAGAAAACAGUUCUACAUCAAAAUUACAAGAGGCUCUUAAAGCAGCCGAAGAAAAGGCUGCGAAAGCUUUAAAUGAUCUCCAUGACAGAACUGAAAAGGAUUAGAAAAUGAAAAACAUUGCAAGUCAUGAUACUAAAUACAAAAAACUGAACGACCUACAUGAAACUGUUAAGGAUAAUUUGGCAACUUUAGAAAUGGCAUCCCAUGACAUUAUUCAGAAAUAUGAACGGGCCAAAGCUGUUAUUGAGGGUUUUAAAGCAAAUGAAGAGGUCUUUAAAGAUAAUAUUGAAAGAAUGGAAAAGAAUCUUAAAAUGAAAGCCCAAAGAUACGAAUCUCUCAAGGCUCACGCCUCAAAACAAAUAGAAAAAGCAAAUAAAGAAAUUUUCUUAAAGAGUCAGUUUGAAGCGUUAGAACUGAAACAAAAUGCAAUUAUUAAAAGGUUGGAAAUUAAAACUGAACCGCUGGAGAAUUCUUUAGAACAAAAAAUAAAGGAGUCGGAACUGGCAGCGUUAUGUGAUGAAGUAACAGGCAAAAAAGUGUAAAAAGCAAUUAAAAACUACUAAUGAUUUAUUGAUCUCAUUAUUUAUUAUUGUAAUUUUUCCAUUAUUUUAUUAUCACUAAUAAUGUGAUGUUUAAUUUACUUAAGCAUAUUAAAGAUCUAUUUUAAUUGGUAAUUUUUGUAAACAUUUUACUGCUUUUUUGAAAUAGACAUGAAAAACAUGUG